AUAUUUUCUGUUUUCUAGAAGUGCCACCCCACGACUCCACGACUAAUUGUUGCCUAUACAUGAAAUGUGUCUCCUGUGGUUAUGGCUAUAUACGAAACAGGCCAUCCCACCACUACCAUAUUCUUUUGGAAAAUGGAGUACAGCCAAUUUUCUUCUUCCUCCGCCAUAAUUCAUUCCCAAUACCCACCAAAUUUCUGAUAAUUUGCAUGGUGGUGCUGAUAAUUUGCGCAAUGGGGCCCCAGACUCCUUCCUCAAUACCCACCAAGUUUCUGAAUUUUUUUUCUAGAUACUGCUUAGUGCCCACUAAACAGAAGAUACACCUCUGAGAGGGAUGAAAAGAAAAUAUAAUAUUCUGCCUGGUCUUGAAAUUUCGGUAACACUAGUUAGCAUUUGCCGUGCCAUGGUUUCCAAAACCCACUCCCAACUCAUUAUUCUGUUCCUGUUUCUUCUUUCAUCGCUAAACAUUACUUCCAGCUCAUACACACAUGAUGCAGGGAAUUUCGACAAGUGGGUAUCUCGAAAUGUGAAAAAGUACGAGAAGAGAAAGACCAUUUUGAAAACCAAAGUGAAGGUGGCUGAGAGUAACAAAGCUAUCAUAACAGUAAGACAAGACGGUUCUGGUGAUUUCAAAACCAUAUCAGAAGCUCUCAAUAGCAUUCCACCACGUAACACUAGGAGAGUUACAGUGUCCAUUUCUCCGGGUGUAUAUAGGGAGAAGGUGAUGAUCCCAAGAACAAUGGCUUUUGUUACACUCUCAGGAAACGCAGAGAAUCCUCCAACCAUUACUGGAAAUGAUACAGCAUCUGCCUCAGGAAGAAAUGGCACUCCCUUAGGAACCUUCCAGAGUGCAACUGUUGCUGUGGAUGCUAGCUACUUUGUGGCCAUCAACAUCAAAUUUGAGAACAGUGCUCCACAUGAGAUUGGAAGGAGAGGAGAACAAGGCGUGGCGCUUAGGAUCUCAGGAACCAAAGCUGCUUUUUACAAUUGCAGUUUCAGUGGAGCUCAAGAUACUCUCUAUGAUCAUAAAGGCCUUCAUUUCUUCAACAACUGCUAUAUUCAAGGUUCUGUCGAUUUCAUCUUCGGUUCUGCCAGGUCCCUUUACCAGAAUUGCUAUCUAAAUUCCACAAGUACGAAGGUGGCUUCCAUCACUGCUCAAAAGCGUACAAAUUCGUCACUGGAGAGUGGAUUCUCCUUCAAAAACUGCACAGUAACUGGUAGUGGACAUGUUUAUCUAGGAAGAGCAUGGGGUGAUUAUUCAAGAGUUGUUUUCUCUUACACCUACAUGGACAACCUAGUACUCCCCAAAGGAUGGAGUGAUUGGGGUGACCAAAACCGUGAUUCGAGGGUAUAUUAUGGAGAAUACAUGUGUAGUGGGCCAGGAGCUAACUUGGCUGGAAGAGUGCCAUGGGCACGAGUGCUUACAGAUGAAGAGGCCAAGCCAUUUAUUGGGACCCAAUUCAUUGAAGGAGACACUUGGCUCAUUAACACCAGCUGAAAAUGAAAGAACAUGCAGACUUUAAUAUCAUGCAGCUGAAAAUGAAUAUUCACAAUUUGCCAAUAUAGUGGUUUGUUUUCAUUGAUUGAAAAUAUUAGCACUACAUUACCACCAAGUCUUGUUUCAUAAAUGGGAAUAUAAGUAAAAGAAGUACACUAUUUAAAACUGUUGUGAUGAUGUGAACACAAUGAACACACGCAUGCGCAGGAUAAACCAGCUUUACACUUAUCAAAGUACGAAAAAAGAAAGACAUAAAAUUUCAUCUUCAAGCGUCUGAGUUAUGGAAUGACAGCAUCAUGAUGGAGCAGGAUAAGACAGGGAACAGAAUUUUAAG